AGUUGGCUGAAACCCCGGGAUCAAGAGUGGGUUUUUUAAGAAGAUGUUUAAUUACAGCUACUUUAAACGACUAUGGUACAUAACCUGUUAAUAAGGUACUAGAUAAUAGAUACUAGACUACAAAGAGACACAAAACAACCACAAAGAAACACAAAACAACCACAGAGACACAAAACAACCACAUAGACACAAAACAACCACAAAGAGAUGCAAAAUGACCAUAAAGAGAUGCAAAACAACUAUAAAUGGUAAAUGAACUGUACUUAUAUGCCUUUCUAGUCUUUUCUGACUACUCAAAACGCUUUACAAAGAGACACAAAAUGACCGAAAAGCGAUGCAAAACAAUUAUGACUACCCAAAUAAAAUACCCAAAUACUUCUCAUCAUUUGAGAUGAACUUGCUCAAAGUCUGUCAGCAUAUAACACCAUCAUACUGUUUCUGUGGUUCUCUGUUCUUUGGUUGGUCAUAUUCACAUUCUGUUAAUCCACUCUGGUUUAUGGAUUUUAUGGAAACAUUACUGUUGUAAAGUAACUCAUAUUUCUUCAUCACAGAGGACAGCUCACUAGAGGAAAGUCCAUUAGGAAAAGAGCUUUAGCAGAAACAUGAUAGCCCUCAUUCUGCUACAAUGUCUGGCUGUCAUCCAUCAGUCAGUGUCCUCUGGGGAUAACCUCCACCUUCCCUGAUGAUACCACACACACACACACACACGUCAGUUCUUGCCAAAACACACAUGACUGUUUGUUUGCCUAGCAACUCAGAACAAACAGUGAACAAACAUGACAACUGGCUCACUGGUGAGCCAUCAGAGAGGUUUGCAAACUUUGGUCCAAGGACACGCUGAGGUCUCUGAUGGGGCUCCAGAGGGCCCCAAGAAAACUGAAGAAAAGUUCAAUUCAGUUUUUUAAUCUUUACAAACUAAAUUCACAUGUCCAAAUGACAGACAUCACAAUCGAUUCCUCAAUGUUACUGCACUCAUGCCAAUCCUAAACCGAGAUCACUUCAAGACCAUUUAUUAUAAUGGCCCAUGACAUAAUUGUUUUUAACAAAACAUGGAACAUAACUGUAUGAUUUUUAGAAUAAAAAUAGUACUGCCAGGAUUCAUUGUAUAUUUCUUUUUACCCAGGUUUGGUUUUGUAAAGCUUUUGUGCAAAAUAAGUUUUUGCAAAUUAAUCCCAACCAAAUUACUUUAUGGUCAGAAGGACAGAAAAAAAACACAAAGGUAUGGAUUGUUGCUGAUGAUGUAUGUAAUGGUCAGGGCUCUCAGUCUAUGAGCACAGGACAUGAUCAUAGGGUCCUGGGGGGGCUGCAGUCUACAUUCACCUGUGCAGAGCUGAAGAGAGGAGACAGGUGUAUAGUGUAUUUCCAAAGAUGUAAUGAUGUAUUUUAACAGGCCAAACAGAUGAUGAUCAUGACAGUGAUGCGGCUGUAUCGGGUUACAGCCCUAUGGAAGAGAUGCUACCUCAUCAUCGUGUUACCUCUGCUGUAACACACCAUGAUCAUCAUCAGAGCCCAGCGUGUGUCCCCUGUCCCAUCAUGCCCUGCUACCUGUGUGGUUUGUUCUGAUGAUGCCGUCAUCUGUCACAGACUGGCUCACAUUAUUGACGCUCCAGACACAACCCAGGCUUUGCUGCUAACAGAGGGCUCCAUCUCCACAGUCCAGCCUGCCUCACUGUCUGACCUCAGCAACAUUACUGUCAUAGGUCUCAGUCAUAACCAUAUCUCAGUGCUGGGUGAACAGUCCUUCAGAAAUCUGCCGUUCCUCCACACUUUACUGCUGGACCACAACCUCCUGACCAGCCAGGCCCUACAGGGUGGAGCUCUGACCAAUCUAACCCAGCUAGAGGUCCUUGCCCUGGGCCACAACCUCAUCAACAUGAUCCGAGGUGCCUGGCUUAAAGGUAACAAGGCCCUGCGGAGCCUGAAACUGGAAGGAAACCUGCUAACCUGUUUGGACACUGAUUCCUUCCCUCAGACUGACCUCAAAGAUCUGGAGAGUCUGGAUCUGUCAGAUAACCUGAUAGAUCAUCUGGAUAGAAACAGCUUUGGUGGGUUGGUGAGCCUGCAGACUCUGGAUCUGUCCAGAAACCGUCUGAGUUCUGCUCCUGCUGAGGCUUUUUCCUACCUCAGCUGGCUGGCAAACCUCAACCUGGACCUCAACUCAUGGAACUGCUCCUGUCAGCUGUUGGAACUAGCUGCCUUCCUGUCCACCUUCAUACAACAACCCAACAAGACUCUCUAUAAUGGCCGUAGGAUGGUGUGUGUGAGCGCUGACAACCCAGCUGUAACCACAGUGCUGGAGCUGACUGAGGCCAACUGUGUCCCAUCCAAUCAGAACAUCACAGUGCAGAUAGAGACAAGAGGCAGCAUGACGCCUCAACUGUAUGCUCGAGAUCUGGCCAUCACUGCAGUCAUCUGCUUUAUUGGUGGUGUUGGCUUGACCCUGCUUGUAGUCCUGAUCUACCAUCAAGUGUCUCGGAGGAAGAAACUGAAAGAAAGUAAAAGACAAAAAGAGGAAGAAGAGGGAAGCAGCACAGUUGCGAAUCACCAUGUCAAUCACCUAGAUGUUAGUGAAAAGAGGAGGGACCUCUUCUUGCAAGCAAAUAGCAGCCAGCCUUGGGACACGGAAGCCAUGACGUUAGAUGCAAGGAUAGAUGGCCAUGGUGGCCAGUUUAGGUCUAGAGCUGAUGAAAACCUCAGUCAUUUUAGGUGCCUGGACUGUAGCACCGAAGGACAGAGAAGGAUGGGGCAGAACCUGAUGAGAGGGAACAACAGGAUAAAUGGAGGUAUGGAGGCAGAGGAGGAAAGAGAGAAGAGGAGAAUGAGGAUGAUGACAGAGGACGAAAGGGGGACUCAACAGGGAAUCUUUAACAGGGACAUUCCUAACAGGCUUUUUUCUCAUAGCAACACCAAUUCUUCCUCUUAUCCAUGGAAAGAAAUCUUCAGUCAGAGACCAGAGACCCUGACUGAUUAUAAGACAAACAGAGAGAUGGGAGAGAGUCACAGUACUGAUAUGGAAGGUAAGAGCAGAAGACAUGAGACUUUACACUGCGAGAGGUGCCACAGGACAUACAGACCACCAGAGCAGAACAUGAGACAAGCGAGGAUUCACAUCAACAUGAGAGACUCUGCUCUGUUUGAUGACUUCCCUUCUCAGUACAGACAGAUUGACAGGGGUAGGAAUGUUAACCACAACCAGUCUGACAUGCUGAAGAACACAGAGUGGAGAAGAGCAACAAGAAACGUAACGUUUGAUCUGGAGAGUCCGAGAACCCUAGAGCAAGGAAAAAGUCAAGGGGACGAGGGAGGAAGAGGAAAGAGGGAGGAGGAAGAGUGGACCACCAGAGACAAGGACAGAGGAAGAGUAAGAGGACACAAAGCUAAAGUCCAGUCAAGCCGGUUACUGAAGGUUAAACUAAACUUGAACCCGCUACAAAAAAGCAAAGUCCAUCCUAAGAGGAAAACCGACCACGGCCACUCAGAGAAAAGCAACUCAAAGAAGAGUAAAGAUAAAAGGCAGGAUGGAAAACAAAGAGAAGAGAAGGAAGGGAAAGGAAAGUCUGGUAAGAAAACAAAGGGUAGCAGCAAGAAAAUGAAGAAAUCCAUCACUAAAAGAUUGACUGAGGAUGGUGUGGAAGAGAAGGAAGAAGAAGACAGAGGAGGAGGACAGAAAAGCAAAACAUCCUCUAAGCAGAAAAAAAUGACUUCCAAAAGUGGGCAACGCAGCCAGGGAAGUACAGAAGGUGACGAGGGAGAGAAUACACACCCAGAGAACUCCCAAUCUGGCUACACCACCAAUAUUGCUGACCAAUCAGCCUCUGCUAUUGCCAUUGGACAGGGACAAAACUUGCAGGCAGGAAGUAUUCAGUAUCAGGGAGCUGGAUUGGAACUAGGGAGUGCUCAGCUUUCCGUGCAGUAUCCCGUAUCCCUCUCUACCACUGACAGGAAUCACACUACCAACACUGGUUCAGUGGGCUCACAACUGACUGCCAGCAGCCUCUCUCAAGGAGGGAACUUUUUGCUCAACACCAUAGCCCAAGGAUCUAACACACUGUUCCCCAGCUAUCCAGCUAAAUCCAUUGCUCCUAGCAUAGCAAUCAGUGGGCCCAACAUGGCUCCAAGUGGUGCCCCAGACAGCUUCAGUAGGCAAGCUGGUGUAGGCCUCACGUUUCCUACUACCUCUCUUCUAGCUAACACUGUACAUGCUAACCCUUUGCAAGCAAGUGCAAUACAUACCUCUCCUCUUCACACCUCCCAGCUUGCAGAACUAGCCUCGAUCUUAGCAGCAAACCCAGCUAUCCCACCUGCGCAGUCCCUCUCACAGAGUCGGCCACCUUCUGACAGCUCUCCUCUUGUAGCAAAACUGAAGUCUGAUCCAGCCCAGGGACCAGGCCUGCAGACUGGGGAAGUACAUCAGCUGCCCUCUGAAUCUCAAGCACCCCAGACCAAGGAGAGCCUCUCUCUCCCAACUCAGGCACCUCCAAGUGUGGAUGGUUCGUUUGGGGUGACCUCUCAGGCUCCUGGACCACUAACCACUGUGGAGAAUCUGUCAAACAAUAACAGUCAGACAGAGAUGGGGCAUGUACCAGCUGGGUCGACAGUCAAUAUGUCAGCUGGGGGUGUGGCUCUAACUGAAGGACUUGCAGCAGGGGUGUCAGGAGGCAGCAUGCAGGCAGCAGAUGUGUGUGUAUCAGGUAUCUCUGCACCAAGUAUGUCUACACAGAGUGUAUCUUCCACAGGUGAUGCAGUUGCAGCUGCUGCACUGCUGCAGCAGGAGUACCUGUCAGAGGAAGGAGGAUCCUCCCCAAGGAGGAAGCUGAGGCUGGUGCUUCCUGAGAAGACGUCCAGCCGACCACCCACCGCACUGGAGAGGAAAAUACGCUAACUGCUCAUACCAUAUUUAAUGGAUGAAAUUUUAUGAAUCUUAGUGUUAGACUAAUGCCUUCAUAUGUUGAUAAUGUGAUGUUAUGAACUGCUACAAAAUUUUAUUUCUGGGUGUUUUACAGAUGGGGUAGUUUUAUUUUUGUAAUUAUAAACACUGAGUAAAAAACCUAUUUAUUUUUGACUUUCAAAGUUCAUUGUUGACCUUUGUAACAGCAGUUGACCUUAAGGUUCAUUUAGUAGCUGUGCUGGAGUUUUCAGCCAUGCCACAUGAUCUCAAUUUUUUUAAUUUCGUGAUCAUCCAGCUCCAGAACAGCUACUAUUUGAACCUUGAUGUGAGAUUCUUUUGCUGUUGUUUGGUACGGUGUAAGAUGUACACAGAGAGAUACUGGGCUAAAAUGGAAUGUUAUUUUUAAAUAUAUUUAUUAUUCUUUAUGUAUA